AUGUACACAGCAGACCACCGCCGCUUUUCUUUGUUACUUCAUGAAAGAAAGGUGCGUUCUCUCUCUCGCGCCGGUGUGAAUUGCCGACAAUGCGUGCGCGAGAGAGAGACUUUGCGGUGACUCGCUACUCGUACAUGCUCUGGGACAGUACACCUCGCUGUUUUGCAUACAAACAAACGAACGGAACUAGACGAGACGCCGGAGAUUUUGAUUCCAUACACCCCUUCAAAAUGGCGAAGACACCACGGCAAUCACCGAUGAUCCCGUCUUGUUCUGGUCUAGUGACUGCUGCCGCCAUGAACACCCUACUUCUCACCAUGGGGCCAUGCGGUGUACGAGAUUGCCACUGUGCCUCGGGCUCGAGCACCUCCAAGCUGGAUGGGUUGUCUAGUGCCGUGGCGUGUGACAGAUGUUCUCACCCCUUGAGCGAUCAUGAUAGUUACUGUUAGCUCUUGGUGUUCUCUCUGGGCGAGCCUUACCAGGUGUAUACUGACGCGAAGAACACGUGCGCACACUCUAGAACCGCCCGGUUCUUCAGGCCCUG